AUGGGGCAAAGAAAUAUGCAUAUGGUGGAGCUGGAACCAGAUAGGCGGGGUCAAGACUAUAUCCAUCCAGAACCUUGCAUCUUUUAUGGUGCCAUGACAAAUUUUCCUCAGCCUAGUUUGCAUGCAGUUGUACCCGGUCCAGUAAAUGCUGGUAACUUCAAUCUGCACCAUCUACCAGAACAUCAUGACGGUAGUUUAUUCUAUAAUCUGCCUCAAUAUAAUCAGUAUCCAGGCGCUAAUCUUGACCCAACCAUUGGUUCGUCAUCCAUUCCCUAUAAUCCCUACAUGGCUCCUCCAUGUGCCCCAAGAGAUUUUCCCAUUCAAGUUAGUCAUGGAACAAGUGAUCCAUUGUGCUACCCAAGUGGUCAUGUGAUGGUUGGAGUUCCUACAGACGGUUACGGAAGGGCCAAUCCGUAUUUGGAUAGUAUUAGAGGCUCAUUUAAGAGGAAGACUGCUGAAGGCCUUCCAAGGAAUGUCCAGCACUCUGAUGCUUUGGAAGGCUCUAGUUCUUCUGUUGCAACGGUAAGUGCUAGGCCGCUUGAAUCUGAUGCAACACCAACAGAUGCUGUGCCACCUGAAUUAAGAGGGAACGAGACAUCUUCUGUCACUGAGAGUGGGCCUAACAGAAGUUUGAGGAAUAGGUCCAAUGUCAUUGGUCCAGAAUCUGUUAUGGCGCGCAGCCCUAACCAUUCAGUUCAACCUAACUUUGUGGGUCAACCCUAUCCAGUACCUGGCACUCCUUGGUUAGGUGUGGAUAUCAAUUCCUUUCCCUGGAAUCAAGCAUCGACUUUACCAUAUAUUCAUGGUGGCAUGGAGGUUAGUAAUAUGGGUUUACAAGGUUAUCGAGUAGCAGGUAGUUCCGGUAAUUUUCUCAUUCCUCAAGGACGCCCCAGUUUUCAUCAUCAGCCACCACAUGUGCAAGGAUUAGGCCAUAACAUGAACUUUGGUUCACAAAUGGUAACUGUUCCCCGUAGAUUUCCCCCAAAUAGCAAUGUUGUAGGUCCCUUCCAGGGUGUCAUGGAGACAGGAGCUAGAUAUCUGGGACCUGUUCCACCCACUGGCUUCAGAGUUUACAGGCCUCCUCGAAGAGAAGUUUCUGCAGAGGCAAAUCCUAGGCAACGUAAUCUCCAGCACCUAAGAGUGUUGCCGGAAGAUGGAGUUGCCAUUUUAGAGGUUCCUGGUUACCAGGAAGCUGGGGAUUCCAUGGAUCAGCACAGAGAAAUGCGCUUGGAUAUAGAUGAAAUGUCCUAUGAGGAACUUCUCGCAUUGGGAGAACAGAUUGGCCAUGUUGUUACUGGCUUAUCAGAAGAAGCCAUUGCAGCCAAUAUGAAAAAGAGAUUAUUUACUUCUUCAUCAACUUGUUCCAACGUGGACGAGGCAUUAAGUGAAAGUCGUGAAGUUGAUUUCUGUGUCGUAUGCCAGAAUGAUUACAAGGUUGAGGAGGAGAUUGGAACUCUUGAAUGUGGUCAUGAGUAUCAUGUAGAUUGCAUAAAGCAGUGGCUGGUUGUCAAGAAUACUUGCCCUAUCUGCAAAUCCACAGCAUUGACCGGCGAGGGAAACGGAAAAGGAAAGGGAAAGGAUUCAGAAUGUUAG